CAUACAUUUAUCAUGUAUGUGCUGAGGACAAAGAGCAAUAUCAUAUUCAAUAAUUGCUCUCUUUGUAGAUGAAAUUUGACUAAGAAGGCACCAUGGAGAGGGUUGAGGUUGACGCGGACUUUAUUAUUGCCGGCAAUUGGAAGCUACAUGGAGAACUAUGUAAGAAACUUUACACUGUAGUUCAUGAAGUUUCGAAUGCCAUCCCUGCCCUUGAGGCUACAAGACCUGGAAGUAGUUCUGGACUUCUGGCAUUGAGUUCCUUGCGCAUAGCUGUUGAUAAGGCCAAGAAUCUACUUCAGUAUUGCUCAGAGUGUAGCAAACUUUACUUGGCUCUAACAGCAGAAUGUGUUCUUACAAAAUUUGAAAAAGCAAGAUCCGCUCUUUUAGAAAGUCUUCAUCAGUUGGAGGAAACACUCCCAGAAGCAUUUAAUUCUCAGAUUCCAGAGAUCGCACAUGAGCUGGAGAACUCAAUUUUUGCUUUAGAUCUGGCCGAAAAACAAGCUGGUGAUGAAGUGAAACAAAUAAUUCAGAAUGAGAAGAAAUCCAAUGGAUUCCUUGAUGACAGUGAACUUGAAUUCUUUCGGCAAACUGUUUUGAGAGUUGGCGUUACAUCAUCAGCUGCAGCUCUUGCUGAGAGAAGAGCGCUUCGAAGGCUUCUUGAGAGAGCCCAUGCAGAAGAAGACACGAAGAAAGAAUCAAUAGCAGCCUAUCUACUGCAUCUCUUGAGAAAAUACUCAAGUCAUUUUAGGAGUGAAACAAUGGAUUCCAUCAACUCUCAGUGCUCAAGUCCUUCAUGCUCCUUCAGUUCAAUAUCUAGCUCAGUUGAUCUCCAUGGAAAUGCCCCUGCUCUUGAGAAGCUCCUGCCUAGGUCUGGCUCCUUUAAUUUCAAACAGAUUAAAGGCUUAUCAGGGAGCAUGCCAUUGCCACCUGAGGAACUAAGGUGUCCAAUCUCCCUGCAGCUCAUGUAUGACCCUGUUGUCAUCGCAUCUGGUCAGACAUACGAGCGAGCUUGCAUUGAGAAAUGGUUUAACAGUGGCAACACAAGCUGCCCAAAAACUCGGAAGCAGCUGUCCCAGCUUUCCGUGACACCUAAUUACUGCAUCAAGGGUCUGAUAACAUCCUGGUGUGAAAAAAACGGGGUUCCAGUUCCAUCCGCCCCGCCGGAAUCUCCAAAGCUCAAAUAUUUGCGGAUAACAUCUCUAAAAAGUAGCAAAUGCCUGGUGACUAAUGGUGUUAGCACGAUUUUGUUCGAAGAAACAGGCGCAAAAGAUGACAAGUGCAACACUGAUGCUGCUUUGGAGAAGUGCUCGAGUCAGAACUCCAGAGAGGCGAUAUCCGAGGGAUGCGAAGAGGAAGAAGAGGAGGUCUCUGUGGAGAAGUGCUCUUAUGAGAAUAACCCUGGAGAGGCUGCACCUGAGAGAUGUGAACGUUGGCUGCAUGUGUUGAACAAGGGUGGCGAGUGUAUCGAUGAACAGCGUGAGGUGGUGGAGCAGAUCAGGUUCCUGUUAAAGGAUGAUGAUGAACUCAGGGACUAUGUGGGUGCUAAUGGUAUUACUGAGCCGCUCACUUGCUUCCUGAAGAUGGCUGUCAGCAAAGAAGAUGUGCAGUCUCAGGAGGUUGGAACAAUGGCUCUUUUCAAUCUUGCUGUCAGCAAUAACAGGAACAAGAAGCAGCUGCUCUCAGCUGGAGUUAUCCCCCUGAUGGAGCAGAUGAUACAGAAACCAGAGACCUGCGAGGCUGCCGUGGCCAUGUACCUAAACCUCUCUUGCCUGGAGGAGGCGCAAGCCAUCAUCGGUUCGAGUGAAGCUAUCCAUUUCCUGAUCAGCAGCCUGCGCGAAGAAGGCGCCCGGAGCAACACCUGCCGCCUCGACGCUCUCCUGACGCUGUACAACCUGUCCCUGCACGCACCCAACAUCCCGCUCCUCCUCUCCUCGGGCAUCGUCCACAGCAUCCACACUGUGCUGACGCCGUCGUCCUCGUGGACGGACAAGGCCCUGACCGUGCUGAUCAACCUGGCCAUGACCUGGGCCGGGAAGAAGGAGGUCGCAGCGAACCAGGCGAUCGUGGGCGACAUCGUGCUCAUCCUCGACAACGGGGAGCCAGCGGAGCAGGAGAAGGCCGUGUCAUGCCUGUGGAUCAUCUGCAACGGCGAUGAGGGGUGCAGCCAGACGGUGCUCCAGGAAGGCGUGAUCCCGGCGCUGGUGUCCCUGACGGCGAACGGCACUGGCAGGGCCAAGGACAAGGCGCAGAAGCUGCUGCGGCUGUUCCGGGAGCAGCGGCAGCGCGAGCUGGAGCAGCAGCAGCCGCGCGUGCAGCUGCACGAGGUGGCGAGCCAGGCGGUGGCGGAGCAGGAGCAGCAGGAGCAGGAGCAGCAGCAACUGCAGGAGGAAGAGGAGGCGGCAGCGGCUGUGGUGGAAGAGGCUGCUGCCGCGAAGGCGGCGGCAGAGCAGAGCAGCGAGAGCAGGAGGCCCCCGCGGCUGAGCAGGUCGAGGUCCAAGCGGUUCGCCAGGGCCUUCACUUGCCUUCUCAAGAAGUGGACGAUGCAAGGCGGCGGCGACAGGUGUAAACUGUAA